AUGGCUCACUGGUGGGCGAUUGUUCGCAGACUGUUGGAAGCCAACCAAAUCACCAGCAUUCCCGCAAACGCCUUCACAGGUCUGACUGCGUUGACUCGCUUGGAGUUAAGCAGCAACCGAAUCACCAGCAUCUCAGCAUUCACAGACCUCACUGCACUGACUGUCUUGAACCUGGAAGCCAACCAAAUCACCAGCAUUCCCGCAAACGCGUUCACAGGCUUGACUGCGUUGGUUGGCAUGGCUCUUUCCAGCAACCAGAUCACAGAGCUUCCCCCCUCGGCAUUCAUAGGCUUGUCUGCGAUGGACAACUUGGAUCUCUCCAACAACUCGAUCUCCAGCAUCUCCGCAAACACAUUCACGGACCUGGCUGCGCUGUAUUUCUUGGAUUUGAGCAUCAACCUGAUCACCAGUAUUUCCUCGUCUGCGUUCAGUGGCCUGCCUGGGCUGGGUUUUCUGACUUUGACUGAAAAUCCCUUCACCACUUUGCCGCCUGGUCUGUUCCAGGGCCUGCCAAAUGGCUUGUAUUUGUCGGACUUCGACUCAUACAUGAGCCCCACCAACCUUACCUUUGGUGGAAACACUGUCGCUCCGCCCAGCACAUACGGCAGUGCGUCUUAUCCUUACCAGUGUGAUACAGUCUGUGCCACCUGCUAUGCCUCUGGGUCUGGUGCAUGUUGCGGAACCAACUGUCUGACGUGCAAUUCAUCCAAUCCCUGCACUCAGUGCUAUGACGGUUAUGGUAUGAUGAGUGGAUCCUGUGUUCCGCUCGCUUCCAUUGCUUCGGUCGCUUCGGUUGCGUCCACGCAAUCUGCCUCGGCAGCCUCGAUUGCCUCUGAUAUUUCCGCUGCCUCGGCGUCCGUUGCCACUGUGUCUUCAGCGUCAAUUGCCUCGCAAGCGUCUGCAUCUGCCGCCAGCGCAUCCUCUGCAUGGCAGACAUCGGCUGCAUCUGCUGCAUCCAAUGCGCCAAAAGGUUCAGGCGAUGCAUCUUCUUUGCCCAUUAUUCUCGGAGUCAUUUUUGGCGUGUUAGGUCUUCUCUUGUUGGUUGCGCUGGUUGUGGCCCUUCGGCGUCGUCGCUCGCCAAACGCUCUGGCAACCACCGGCUCGGCCAUCAAGCUCCGCGAAUCAGCACCCGGCUCGGAACCGACCUAUCAGGCCGUUGAUCACAGCGGAACUGUGUCAAACGUUGUGAAUCCAACCUACAGCACGUUGUCUGCGACUGGCGACCACGCCUUGUACGAACACGUUGGCUCACAGCCUCAAGGUCCUACGAGCUCGGAACAAGUGUAUGCCGAAGCAUCUGUGUCUGCAUCCAGUGCAACCAGCGGUGUCGACUACGCCGAUCCAUCGCUGCCCAAUGCCUCGUCGGUUCGUGUGCCGUCCGCAUCCUCACCAACCACUUACGCGACGGUCACGAGUGCACCAUCCGAGCAGACCUACGAAGAUGUUGGCUCAGCGCCCCAGGCUCCUGUGGGUUUGUCUGAAGUGCAGUAUUCCAACGCGGCUGUCUCGGGUGUCGAGUACGCCGAUCCUUCGCUGCCCAACGCCUCAUCUGUUCGUGUGCCGCCCGCGUCCUCACCCACCUCAUACGCGACGGUGACUGUUGUCCCUUCCACUCAGAAUGGGAAUGCCGACUAUGCGUCGAUUGCAAACUAG